CCCUUUCCUCUUCCUCCCCCGACCUAUCUCAUGCUCCGAUCUACCCAAGCUCCGACCCGACCCAAUGCGGCUAUAGAAAAUAUCUCCAGUCUAUCACCGCCGUGCGGCAGCUGAGGACCACCGCCGAGCGGCCGCUGAGGACCACCGCCGACGCCUCACACCUGCAACCCCUCUUCCCCUGGUCGCCCCCCAACCCCGCCACCUCUCGCGGCCCCCGUCCCCGUGAUGUCCCGGUGGGCGCCGGAGAUCAAGGUCUAUAGCCGCAGGAACCCCCGCAAAAACCCUAAACCCCCUCCAGAAGACCCUACCCCAAAUCCCAAUCCCCCUCCAGAACCUAGCCCCGACCCCAAUCCCCAUCCAGAACCUCGCCCCAUUCCUAAUUCUGACCCUCUUGAGCAAACCCUAGCCUCGUUUCGUCGCUCGAUUCGUCGCUCGGAGUCUGAGGAUGCUGUGCCGCCGCUGUCCGAUCCGGCCGCACCGACUUCCCCUUCCCCUCUUUCUCCCACAUCGUCGCUGCAUGGGGCACCGGCUGCCGCCUCCGGCGAUUUCUCCUCCGGCCUUGCCCGGGAUGGUGCCGUCGUUCCAAACGGCCAUGCCGACAUCGACGUCCGGGCGGCCGCGGAUGACAAGGCUCGGAAGCGCAGGGUCCGGAGCGAGCUGCGUCGGCAGCUUGCGUCAGAGCUCGACCAGGUACGCGUGCUCUCCAAGCGGCUCAAGGCGGCUGGUGAGGCCUUGGCAGUUGAGGCAUCCCAGCCCGUACCUCGGCCACCGCCUUUGCUCACUGCUGGGUAUGUGCACCCCCAGUUCUCAGGCAGUGAUGCUGUAACGCCGGUACCAGCCCCAGUUACUGCUUCUGUUCCUCCUGUCCGCUCGUUUCUGCAACGCCGACCGUUAAUUGUGCCAGAAGUUCACAUAGAAUCGCUUGACAAGGAAAAGCGAACGCCAAAGGCCAAUCAGCUUUACCAAAAUUCAGAGUUCUUGCUUGCCAAAGAUAGAAUACCGCCAUCAGAUUCACAUGGCCGGAAGAAAACCAAGCACCACAAGAAGAAACACCGUUCCUCAACAGGUGCAGGUUACAACGCUGAGCAGCGACUCUACUCCCAUGCAUUUAAGAAGUCUUCAUCGCUGCUGUGCCGACUAAUGAAGCACAAAUUUGGGUGGGUGUUUAACAAGCCUGUCGAUCCUGUUGCACUUGGGUUGCAUGACUAUUUUGCCAUUAUUAAGCACCCAAUGGAUCUUGGCACUAUAAAGGGGCAGCUUACCCGUGGGCAUUACAGGGACCCAAAGGAGUUUGCUAAUGAUGUACGGCUAACAUUCCAUAAUGCCAUGACGUAUAAUCCCAAAGGGCAGGAUGUGCAUUUCAUGGCUGAGCAAUUGUUAGGAAUUUUUGAAGCUCAGUGGCCUGAGAUUGAGGCCGAGGUUGACUACCUUGCGUCAUGCCCACCUUUGCCGAAGAAGUUCCCACCUCCCCCGAUUGACUUGCGCUUACUAGAGAGGUCAGAUUCCUUAAAGCCCCAUAUGGCGCUGGACUCCAAGUCAAGGCCGAUAAGUCAUACUCCCAUUAGUGUCCGCACUCCAUCAUUGAAGAAGCCGAAGGCAAAGGAUCUGGAUAAAAGAGAUAUGACGAUAGAUGAGAAGCGUAAACUUAGCAAUAACCUUCAGAACUUGCCUCCUGAAAAGCUUGAUAUUGUUGUGCAGAUCAUUAAGAACAAGAAUCUUUCGGUAAGGCAGCAUGAAGAUGAGAUUGAGGUUGAGAUAGAUAGCAUGGAUGCAGAGACACUUUGGGAACUUGAUAGAUUUGUUGCCAACUUCAAGAAGAACCUCAGCAAGCAAAAGAGGAAGGCUGAGCGUGCAAUGCUUGCAAGGCAAGAUGUGGAGUUGCGUGCUCUGCAUGCUGCACAACAAACAAGUCAACAACCUAAUGUUGGUGAAAAAUCUCCAAAGCUAAAUUUGAUGGUGAGCGAGCAAUUAGCAACUUCUGUGCCAGACCAAAAUAAUAAUAAUGGGCCGAGUGCCAGUAGAUCUAGCAGCUCAAGCAGCUCCAGCAGCGAUUCAGAUUCCUCUUCUAGCGACUCAGACAGUGACAGCUCUUCUACAGAUGGAUCAAAUGCUGCCAAUUCAUCUUGAGAAAUAGGUUCAGGACUUGGUCUAAUAGACAAUAACUGUCUAAUUGUAUUUGGCAUGAGAAUGCCUUAGUGAUUGUACAUGUUUGUCUCGUCUCUUAGGUAUCUCCUCUUAAGUAGCUGCUGUGAUGUUAGAUGAAGGCAGUAUUUUACCAAGGUUUGUUUGUUCCCUAGCUGAAGGAAAGAUAACCUGGCUCUGGAAUUAUGUAGCCUGUACAUUAGACGCACAUUGAGCAUUAUGUUUAGGAAGGUGAUUGUUGAGCAUUAUGUUUAGGAAGGUGAUUGUUGUGUCUGCAUUAACAAGCCAUAUUGUCCUGUUUAUUCAACGGUUUUGGCAGUGUUUCAAUAUACCAGGUGUUGUUCUUACUGUUA